AUGUUGGCAACGCUACAUGUGGUUUGUUUCACAAUGGCGGUGUACACGGUGUUUUCAGAAUGUAUUCGUUAUGAAUACAAAAGUGCAGUUUGCUCUAAAGCUACAUUAUUUCUCUUUCUAAUACUUGUUUUGACCAUUGUAUCACCCUUACUAAUUGCUUAUAGAAGCCAUGGUUUCUGGGUAAAAAGUGAUUCAUACCGAGAGCAACCAGAUAUCCAUUUCAAGCAUGAAUACUUACUAAUUGUUGAAACUGACAAGUUGGAGGCCCCUAUCAUAUGUAGUAGUUAUGCAUAUUUCAGUCAAAUUAUGAAGAAACACAAUCACUGCACCAUGAUUAAGUCAAGAGAAGAGGACAACAACAGGGACGGAAGGCAUGAUGAAUUGUAUUUUGAAAUUCAAUUUGAUUACAGACUUUACAAAAUGAGUUCAUUUCAAAUGGAAUCACUAGGUGUGAUUCAGCACAGUUCCAGCCUCCCUGGUGCACGUUUUGAUGUGGUGGCAGACCUGAGGCUGACACAGAAGCAGCUCCUUCCUAAUCGUGGAAGAGAUGUGCGGUUUAAUAAAUCAGUGAUAAACAUAGAAGGUAUUCUUCCUGGAUCAUUUAGUCUCCAUUCGUUGCUGAAGGAUUAUGCAAAGAGAAAUGUUUCCACAAUUCUGACGAAUGUGUACCCGUUGUGGAUGGUAGGGCGUCCAGCUGAUGAACCUUUCUUCAUAUCUGUUAUCAUUCACUAUCCCGAAGAAACAAUAUCAUACAAACCAGGCUUUUGGCAAAUUAUGAAGUGGGCUUGGAUGCAGUAUUUAUCAAUACUAGCCAUUUCUGUAUGGGUGUUCAGAACAGUGAAGUCCUUUGUGUUUCAGAAUCAACUUGUAACAAGUAUGAAGAAUACACCAUGGAAGAAAGAUUAUUGACUUCUAGACAAAACUUUUUAAUAUAUUUUGAUAAGAACUGAUCACAGACCAUUUGUUAAAAUAAAAUAAUUCGCUAUACUAUUUAAAUUCGUAUCAUCUUUGACCAUGUCAUUUAAAUACUUUUUACACAGUGUGAUUUUUUAAUGAGGGAAGAACAUAUAUUGAAUAUGUUUGAGAAUAAGAUGCUGAGGAGAAAAUUUGGACCUAAGAAAAGUAAUAGGAUUUGUCAAGUUACAAAUUGGUGAGCCUCAAACUUUAUACUCAUUCUUAUAGUUUUAUUAUGAAGCCUCAGGUGAGACCUUAAUAUUGGUAAGGUAGUGAAGUCAAGGUUGUGAGGGGUCAGACAUAGAGCUUGGAUGGGGAGAUGAGAACAGCGUGUAGAAAUUUUGUGGGAAAACCUAUAAAGCUACUGCUUGUUAUACUGAGAAACAGGAUGGGGAAGUAAAUGGAAAUGGCCCAGAACUGGUAUGACUUGGUGUUAUUAGUAUUGAACCUUCAGGUUUUGAUACCAGAGACAUAAUUAUCAAUUAUGACCAGCUUAGCAAACUGAAAUUUGCUUCAGUUUUUAGUACAGACAUUUAUACAAAAUUGAUCAAAAUAUGGUAUGAUGAAAUACAGAGAAGAGCACAUAUUUCUCCUCCAGGUCACAUUGGAAUUAACAAACAUUCUGUUAAGUUUAUAAUGAUAUAACUACCCACUAAAUCAGUAUUUUGCACACAUGAUCUAAAAAUAUUGUCAUUAUGUCUAUUAAAACACAUAUUUCAUAUAAAACUAUGAUUGUACAUGGCACUUUUGUAAGUCAGUCUUAAUUUAUUAAUAUGUUGUGCAAAUAAAUUACUUCUGAAUCAUUAUGUUGUGAUCAGUAUGCUUUGUAAGAUGAAAUCAUAAAGUAAAUUCUCCAACUACUUCUUUAUAGUUCACAACACAAUGCUUCUUAUACAUCAUACGUACUUAUCAGACUAUAAGACGAGGGCUUUCUUGCUUUAAUUUUCAUUUAAAAGUAAGUGCGUCUUGUACUUGUGAACGAAUAAAAAUGCAUACAAAAUAGAUAUGUUGCAAUGAUUUCUGGAAAAAACUGACCUACAGAAACUGUGAUAUACAAUAUCUUGAAAUGUACAUGUUUAUAAGUAUAAUAAUGAUAUUAACAUAUUUCAAGGGUAA